ACUGCUUCACGACCAUUGAAUGGCGCGCCAAGUGCCAAGUGAGGAGACUCAGCCGCUACCUGCCUGUUCAGGUGUCGCGACAUUCCAUUCGGUUAUGUUUCGUCGGCAUCGUUAAGGCUACGGACGGCACUGCGAGAGAAUCGUUCCUUCUUGUGAUAUAAGAAGUGGGGGGGAGAGAUACGAAGUCGCUGUCCUGGUUGUUGGAGGAAGAGGACGUUCCGAGAAUCUCGGAGGCGGAUGGCGCUCGGUUGGCGGGUCCAUGGCGCUGUUCAUGGCGCUGUUCUCCGCCCAGCGACCUCUCGAUGCAUUCUCUCAUCAACACCAUUUACUCAACAGCCGUAAGAAGCAGCUCACGUUCGUUUUUCGCUUUUCCAUGAGAAGAUGGUAUACAGAAAAUGUUCUACUCAAGGAUUCCGCGCUAAGAACCCGUAAAAGUUUGCUAGUGCUGUCGCAAGAGGUGACGUCGAGCAGGCAGGGCUACGGCGAUAAUGCUGUCGCCCUCGUGGCUUCAAGCUUUGAGCUGCUCAGGGGUUCGUAUGCAAAGUCCGCUCGGGGGCCUUGCGGCUUCCCAAGCUGCGCAAACGAUUUCUCCAUACCCCAGGUUCUCCUCUCCGCACCAUUGCUGGCCCGAAAAUCCGGCGCAGGUCCGUACGAGAAGCCGCGACUACCACAAAAUAGUCGCAUCCGCCGAGACACCAUAUAGGAAAGCUACAUCUGGCCACUCGUAACCCAAAGAGAACUUGGACCAUGGUCCGCUCGUCACGGGGCUCAAUUUGCAAUUAUAGUGAUGCUAAGUUUCCCCGCAAAUUCC